AUGGGCCGCAUCCGACGGCCCUUUUCACUGAUACUUUAUUUCAUGGGCCUCUUUUCACGAAAAAAGAGCAUUUCCAAAGUUUUGCCCGACGACGCUGGUUCUGGCUCCAGGAACGCCUUGGUUCGAACAUUGUCGCCUGCUGGCCUUCGGAGGUCUAGAAGUGCAACACCUAAUCAUGAGAAGCAAGAUAGAGCAGAUCAAGUUAAAGACGGCGGAGCAGAUCGAAAUGCAAGAAAAGCAGGGGACCGAGAUCGAGACGUGGAUCGGAAAAGAGACCAAAAUGGAGAUGACAGAGCAAGAGGCCAAAAUCGUACCUCAAGCCUACGAGUAAGUCCAUCAAAUGGAACUGCCACAGACAAAGAAUAUAAUAUGCUAGGAGGUCCCUCCACGGAAACUAAAAAGCCUAUAUCAAGCACAAACACAAGACCUAAUCCAAUCACAGAGCCGGGUUUUGAACCUCACCCAAAGUCGGAUUUAGACACCGACUCUUACUCAGACACGGAUUCAGACACGGAUUCAGACACGGAUUCAGACACCGACUCCGAGGAAGUGACGCAUGACCAUGCAAUGCAGCCCCAGACGUCGCAUGCGUCGCAGUUCCCUACAUUCAUGGGCUUCCGCGGCCUCCUGCGUUCUGCGCGUGACGAACCCGACACACUGCGGCCGUCGGUGUCGCUUUUGCAUUCCAGCGCCCACAUUCCCCGACUCUCGCCAUCCAUGGACCGCUCCGACCCACGUGCGGCAGAACCGGCAAUUGGAGAUGAACAAACAAAGUUGAUCACCACGCUCCGAAAUCGGCUAGCGCAGCUUAUGGAUCUUGCGCAUGACGCAAAAGCACAGCGGGCAGCAUUGGUUGGACAUGCGACGCUUGAAGAGCGGUACGGCGUGCUAACCAAAGUGGUUGGCCGCGGCGCAUACGGCAUCAUUCGCGUGGCUGCAAAAGUCGACAAGGACGGGAAGCAGCACAGCGCGGAAUAUGCAAUCAAAGAGUUGCAGCGGCGCGAUAAAAGCACAGAGCUGCGCGAGCGCUUCAUUGACCGUGUAGUAUCCGAAUUUGUAUUGCUGCUGACACUCAAUUGCAAGAACCUUGUGCGGACGUUUGACUUGCUAGUGAUGCUUGCGCCGGAGUCUGCGUCGGCCAAUGCAGACUUGAAAGUGGGCUAG